AUGGCAGCGGCGGAGGGCGAGGUGAGGCGGGAUAUGUGGGGGCAGGAGUACCGGACGUCCUCCGCCGACUGCGCGGCGGCGCUCGACGCCUACUACGCCGCCUUCAUGUCCUUCGGCCGCGGCCGCGUGGCCGCCGUCCUCCGCGCCUCUGCGGCCGACCCGACCUGCGCCCUCGCCGCCGCGCAUGCCGCGCACGCCGUCGCCCCCAGGGACCCCGCGGGGGCCGCCGCCUUCCUCGCCGCCGCCAAGGACAACCUCCUUCUCAAGCAAUUCCCCAGGGAUAUCCUAUCUCUCAAGAGAGCGCAGCUCAUCUGCUUCUAUUUGGGAAAGCCAGAUUUAUCCCUGAAAUUCGUCCAACAAGUUUUGCCAAAGAAUCAAGAUCAAAAUUUCAUAUAUGGCAUGCUUGCCUUCCCUUUGCUAGAGCUUGGACGGAUGGAUGAAGCUGAGAGAGCUGCUCGAAAAGGCUUGGCUAUAAACAAGAAUGACUUCUGGUCACAGCAUAAUCUGUGCCAUGUUUUUCAGCAGGAAUGUCGCUUCAGAGAAGCUACCGAGUUCAUGGAAUCAUGUUCUCCAUCAUGGGAGGCAUGCACAUCAUUUCUGUUAACCCACAACUGGUGGCAUGUCGCUGUUUGUUACUUAGAAGCUGAAUCCCCUUUGUGUAAAGUUCUGGAGAUAUAUGAUCACAACAUCAUGAAGGAACUUGAGAAAAGUGAUUGUGAGGCAGCAGAGGUGUAUUUGAAUGCUCUAGGGUUGCUGCUCCGAUUAUACAUACGCGGUCAUAUAGAUUCAGCUAAAGAGAGGUUAACAACAUUGCUAGAUGAACUAAAGAAUGAGUCUAUAUGGCAUGCGGAAUGGCUCCUUGACUUGCUUAUAUUGUGGGCACUAGCAAGUAUGAGUGAACUAAAAAGUGCACAUAAUAUGUUGGAAUCAUUGAAGUCAAGGGUCCGUUCAAUGGACAGGAAUCAGCAGCAAGUGAUGCAGAAGGCAAUCAAGCUGGCGGAGGCUGCUUAUGAAUAUGGGAAAGGAGAUCACAUGAAAGUCUUUUGA